UUGUAUUUCUUUCACUGACUCACUGUGAUGACUUGUGCAGGCAACAUGGACUCCGACCUCGACGCCCUCAUCGACAAUGCGGGUGCCAAGAGGAGCAAGCGCCCCAGGGCAAGGGGACUGACAACCAGUCAGCCUGGGAAAAGCUCCAAGAGAUCCAGGAAAACGCCUCCUCCUCCCCCGCCGGCUUCGAGCUCUGCUGCUGCGUCGACUGGCCAGACUAACGUCCCCACGACGAUACCACCCUCGCAGGCCGUCGUCCCUGGGGUGGCGCCGGCCUCGCAGACUGAUAUCGCUGCCGUGGUUGAAUCCCAACCUCCUGUGGCGGGUCAAAUGCCUUCUACCCAGCUCGUCAAAAGACCUUCUGCUUCCCGAGCCCAGAAGCUAACUAUUUCCACCCAUAUGGAUUCGUAUGUGGUGGAUAAUGCUGCCGGUCCUCACGGGUCUACGCUGAUCUCGGAUGUAAUGUCCCGGAUUGGCCAGAGCUACGGCAAUUUUGAGGCUCCUCAGUGGCAGUGUCUAACUGGCACUCGGGACCGCACUGUCCUGUACGAGAAGAGUAUCGAGCACACUGCCGCGGCUCUUGCUUUCACUGCCCAGCUUAAUUACGAGCUGAACAACGAGGUCCAUACGAGCAGGACCCUCGCCCAAGAGGAGAGGGACCUCCACCUUAAAGCGAAUGACGACCUGAAGGCAGUGAAUACUAAGCUCGAGGCAGUGGUUAAGGAGCGUGAGGAAAUGGCCAAGGAGCUCGGAAAGCUGAAAAACGAACUCGAGGAGCAGAAGAAAGACAACAUCCAGCUUCGGGAGACCAAUAAGAAGCUCGAGGAAGACAAGGCCGUCACCCUCGACCUCAUGGAGGAUAUCAAAACCCGCCUUACUGCUGAGUUCAAAGAAAAGAAGGAAACGGCGGUCGAUUCAGCCAUGUACCGGAUGUGGGCCUAUAACGAAGAACUGGACACCAGUUUUUUGGGUCCCCUCGAGGCGUCCUUCCUCGAACGAUGGAAUGCCCGGCUCGAGAAGGAAGAGGCUGACCAGCUCGAGAAGGAUAAAGCUACUCCGACUAUUGCUUUCUCAACAAUGUUCUCGUGGAGAAAAGAAAAGACUGACAAAAAGUAA